UCUAACCGUGAACCAUGUCUGUCUUUACUCGGGAUGAUUCCUCACGUGUUCCUCACGCUCCUAUGAAGCUUCUGUCCUGCUUCCCGCUCUUUUUGUCCCCCAUUAAUAUAAGUGGUGAACUGGGGGAGCUGAGUUUGAUUAGGGUUAGGGUUUUUUUUUUUUGAAAGUUAGAUUUUGUUGCUUAUUAUUAUAGUUAUGAAAAGGGUUUUUGAGGGUGAGGAGGUUGAUGGAUCUUUAGCUCCCCAGUUGAAGAAGCAGAGGCCUAUGCUUGGGGCAAUGAGAGGAGUAAUGGGAGUGCAGUGCAUGCAGAAGCAUUUGCCAAAGCUCGAACCUUUUCUCCGUAGAGUGGUGCAGGAAGAAGUAGGAAAAGCACUUUGCCGCUUUGUGCACUCAUCUUCUCCCAGAUUGCCAAUUAACCGAAUCCAAACAAGUACGAGCAAAAGAUAUCGGCUACAUUUCCAGAAUACCUUGCCUCAAACUCUUUUCACAGGCAGCAGAAUCGAAGCUGAGGGCAGAGAACCUGUUCAAAUUGUCAUAAUGGACACUGAACUAAGCCAGAAUAUCAGUUCAGGCCCUCUGUCGUCAGCCAAAAUCGAGAUUCUUGUUCUUGAUGGUGAUUUCGGUAGUGAUGACCAAAAGGAAUGGACGGAAAAGGAGUUCAGUGACGUUAUAGUGCGUGAAAGAGAAGGCAAAAGGCCGUUGUUAACGGGGGAACUGGUUAUCACAAUGAAUAAUGGGGCUGGUUUACUUGGAGAUGUCGCUUUUACCGACAAUUCAAGUUGGAUAAGGAGUCGUAAGUUCAGGCUGGGUGCAAGGAUUAUUCAAAGCCGAUGCUCUGAAGCAAGCGUCCAAGAAGCGAUAAGUGGAGCAUUUGUGGUUAAAGAUCACCGAGGAGAAUUGUACAGGAAGCAUCACCCUCCAUCACUGGAUGAUGAAGUAUGGCGCCUGGAAAAAAUUGGCAAAGACGGCGCUUUUCACAAGAGGCUUGCGGAUAACGGGAUCAACACUGUACAGGACUUCUUGAAGAGCUUCGUCAUGGAUCAAGAUAAACUCCGAAGUAUUCUUGGCACUGGGAUGUCGAACAAGAUAUGGGAAGCGACAAUUGAACAUGCAAAGGAGUGUGUUCUAGAUGACAAGAAUUAUUUGUAUUGCAGUGGAUAUGGAGUUACUCUUUUGUUCAACUCCAUAUUUCAGCUUGCGGGCGCAAUGAUUGACCGUUGUUUGUAUACUUUAGAUGAUCUCACUUCAUCACAGAAGAUUCAAGUCGAGAAAUUGAAACAGAUUGCUUAUGAAAAUCCUGAGCAAAUAAUCGAGUUGAGUCCUGUGACUGAGCCUCUUCCGCGGUGCCUGCCAACAUCAAAUGCUAUUUCUGUACUACCACAAUCAAGUUUCUCAGAAGCACAGAAUUACCUUUCUGCCUCAAACCAAGAUGAAUUGGCUGCUCAAGUGGGUGUCGUUCGCCAACCUCCUACAUCGUACAAUGAACUUAAGGACUAUUUGACAGGGCAGGGUUUCCUUCAAGAGCACAGUUUAAGUUCCUUACAAGGCAAUAAUUUCAACAUGAAGGACUUUCUCGAUAUGCAGUUUGGUGAUAUUCCAACUAGGGACAUUUUGAUGCCUGGAAACAUAGGAGAUAAUGUGGAGCUCGAUGCACCAAACUCGUUAUCUCAGCUUCCUAGGUGGGAUAAUAUAAACGAGUUCAUUCACACAUCGGGUGAUGAUUCUAAUGUUGAUUUAGUUCCUCAUCCCACCGAUAUUUCUGGUUCACACGUCUCAUCGAGCAAGUGGGCUAAGAUGGUGGCAGCACUGAAAUUGAUGGCGGUAUCGAAGCAUUUGGCCUCAAGAAGGGAUAGAGAGGUAGAGUUUGGCUACCCUGAAAUAGAAUCAAGCAUGAGUAACAUGGCUCAGAGAUGAGUUGGUAGAGGAAAAUGUUUUAGAGAUUAGUUUGAUGUAGUGUUAUUUAGAUUUAAUGUGCAAGGUGUUUUUAACUUGUAAGCUACCAAAGCAGAGGUUUUGAAGAGGUGUAGGAAGCCCCCUCAGAAGUUUUGGUUAUGUUUGUGCAUCUUGUAUAUAUUGAUCAAAUAAGUUUUUGGGUUAA